GGUUAGAUUAUUAUUAAGACGUUUAGAAUGAAGUGAAAGUGUUUCUCCGGUGCAGCAGAGGGCGCUGCGUGGUGGUCAACUUAGCUGCAAGUUCACAGAAGAACUGCUCCCGCGUACGUUUGAAAACACAGGGUGUUCAGAUGGCUGGCAAAAUUAAAAUCCCCGAUGAAUGUAGCCAUAAAACAUACUCUGUUUGCGAGAGUACCGCUGACAGCAGGAGUAGAGUGGAGGAAGAUGGAGAAAGCGACGGUCCAGCGGUGUUUAUGUGCGGCAAAUGCAAGCUGCCAAUCGGAGACAGUCUGUCCUGGGCUGGCAGCGAUGAUGAGAACAACCAAAUCAUGCUCAAACGGAUUACUGACAACAUUGUUGUAGGCAAAGAGCCAUUUGUUUCUGGGACCCGAAAGGAGCUUGGAUGCCUUGUUGUGAAUCUCACCUGCCGUGGCUGUUGCUCAGAAUUAGGAGUCAUGUACAUAUCAACCCCGAAAAAGCUGGAUUGCAAGAGAUCCCUUUUCUGCUUUAAUGUGGAAAAUAUUGAAAGCUAUGUAGUGGGAAGUCCAGGCCAGCAAAUGCCAGAAUUAGACAGAGAAGACAAACCAGUGACCCUGGAGUACCAGGACACUGUGCAUCAGCAGAUGACAGAGAUAACAUCUCUAGCAGUGAUAAUAGGACAACGCCUGCUGGAGAUUGAAAAUAACCUCCAGUGCAGUUCAGAAAAAUGAUAAGUGCUUUUGCAAGGGGAAUGUCUGGUUUUGGGUGAAAAUCACACAUCCUCAAUGAGGUUUUGGUGUAAGAUAUUUUUGUCUUAGCAGUAAUGGAUUUAUACGUUGAUGCUAUAUAAAUGUAUGCAAGUAACAAACAUACAUUUUGUAAUAUCUUUUCAUUAACACCAUGAAGGGAAUUUUCUGAAAUCUGUACAGUUAUGGGACAAUUCAAGAGACCACCUGACAAUUCUCAGCUUCUAUGACUUAAUUAGGAAUAUAUUAUAUAUAUAUAUAUAUAUAUAUUUGUGUAUGUUUAUGCAUAUUUUGUUAUUAAAUAAUGUAUAUUUAGAAAAAUCUCAGCAGACUUACUGUUUAUACAAUAAACCAAAUAUUAACAUUAUACUCAAACUCAUACUUAUUAAAUUAUUAGAAACACACAUGUUUUCAAGCUAUCUCUUGUUUGUUUUUCCCAUGACUGUAGAUAGAUAGAUAAAUAAAUAUAUUAAAUAUUAUAACCUUAUAUUAUUCUUAAAACAUGUAAAUAUGUUUGUGUUCAUCUAUAUUGUCAGAAGCGAUCUUGGUUGUUGUUGUUAUUGUCGAGUGACGUAAUACACGAUGGAUAUAUGUACAAUAAACGUAAUGCUAAAGCA